AUGACGCAGCUUGAGGCGAACCGCGCCGCCCUUGCUGCAGAGAGGGAGCGGCUUAUCGCUGGCUGGCACCUUUUUGAGGCCCGCGUCGCUGUGGCAUGCGCCGCCAAUGAGGGCGAGUGGCGCGCUCUGGAGGAGGAGCGAAGGGCGCUAGAGGGCACCCGCGCGGAGGCCGUGUGGGAACGGGAAGAAGUCACCCGCCUGGCCGAGGCAUCGCAGCAGCAAGCUACCGAGGCACUCGCCAGGGAGAGGCAGGCGCAGGCGCGGGAGGAGGCGGUCUUGGCCCGCGAGAGGACGGCGGAAGCCUCCCAGGCUGAAUUGGCCCGCCUGAAAGGCGAGGCUGACCAGGUCCGCGCCGAACUCCAACACCGGGAGGAGGAGCUCCAGAGCCGGGAGGAGGAUGUCGUGAUCAGGGAGACCGAUGUCAGCAUCACGACGGCGGACCUAGAAGCCUGGGAGGAACUGCUGAUCCUCCGGGAGACGGAGGCUGCUGAGGCGGUGCUGGCCUCGGCCGCUUGGGAGGAGCGGGCCGCCAAGUGGGAGUCCGAGCUGACCACCCGUGAGCAGGCCCUCUCCACCCUUGCGAAACGGGUGAAGCAGGCUGAAGCCCAGAACCAUGACAAUUUAACUGUGAUCUGA